AUGGCGAAAAGGCAGAGAGAGCAUUACAGAAAACCGAGACCAACUGGAUUGCCCAAAGAUGACGAAAGUAAAGCAAAGGAAAGACCACCACUAAAAGAGAGAAAACUUGGAAAAGGCGGAAAAGAUGAUGUAGAUGAUUAUGAUAAAUCUGGGAAACCAAAACCGACUGGAUUGCCAAAAAGAGAAGGCAAAAAAGACGAAAGCGAAGAAAAGAAAAGACCCCCACCAAAGGAGAGACGAUUCGGAGGAGGUGGAAAAGAUAGUGCUGAUACUGAUGACAAAACUGGAAAACCGAAACCAACUGGAUUGCCAAAAGAAGAGGGCGAAAAAGACGAAAGUGAAGUAAAGAAAAGACCUCCACCAAAGGACAGACGAGGAGGCGAAAACGAUAAUGAUGGGGAUGAUGAAAAAAAAAAACCGAGACCAACUGGGCUGCCGAAAGAAGACAAAAGCGAAGGAAAAGAAAGACCCCCACCAAAAGAGAGACAACUCGGAAAAGGCGGAAAAGAAAGUGACAAAAAAAAACCAAAACCAACUGGUUUGCCUAAAGAAGACAAAAGAGAAGGUAAACCAAGACCCACUGGAUUGCCAAAAGAAAAAGACGGUAAAAACAAGCUAGAAAAAGAUGGAGAAGAUGGCGAUAAAGGGAUAUAUGUCAGAACAAUAGAUGACUUGGUUGCUAUAAUUGACAAAAAUCUAUGAAUAAAUAAACAGAUUUGUAUCUUCACCAAAUGAAUAACCGGCAUGAUUAUGGACAUUGAAAACAAUACAUUUAUUAGUGAACAUUAGUUUAACUUUUGUUAUGUAUUUCUUACACUUUUGUACAGAAUAAAGAUA